AUGUCUGACGCUCGUCUCUUUACUGUUCGACCGUUGUCAAAACAAGCAAGGAGUGACCAUAAGGAUGCGUUCCGUAUCUCUCUCUCAUCAUCGUCCCUAGCCGCGCUCAAACUUCGAGCAGGAGACAUUUGCAGUGUGAACACGCCCGGCGGAAGCCCAAAAACCGCCGUAGCCUGGACCGCAGCCGAAAAUAUACAGAGUACCGUCGUGCAAACUUCGAGGACAUUCCAAGAUUGUUAUGAAAUAAAAGUCGGAGAAAAGAUAUCUAUCAACAGGGCCGAAGAUCUAUUGGAAGGAAUAGAUCGCGUCUAUAUUACAGAAUGCUCUGAUGUAGAUCGCCUCACGAGAUACGGCGGCCCCAUUCCGCCCAAGGAAAAAGACCACUGGGCCUUUGCUUUGCGGUUUCCUCUUUCGAGAUGCGAACUUGUCGCUGUUGGUCUGACUUUCGACGUGGAGCUAAUAGGGCAGCGAAGAAGUUUCAAAGUUGCCAAUAUAAAGACAGCGACUAGGAAUCCUGCGAACACUCUAUUUCGCUUUACCGACAGCUCGGAAAUCAAGAUCGACGAUGAAUUUGAUGGCGUCCCAGAAGAGGCGCCAGCGGCAAUACAAGUAAAGCCUUCCGGUUUAGGAGGAUUGUCUCGCCAGAUCGACAGCAUCAAUGAGAGUCUUGCUGAUUUCAACUUGGUGCAAAAAUUCAGAAUGCCAUCUUUCUAUGAGCACAGUAGGGGUAUCCUACUAUAUGGACCUAAGGGGACAGGCAAAUCUGCCCUUCUGCACCAGAUACAAGCUGCAGGUUGGAAAAAGACGUUUAGUCUCGGUUCAUCCAUGUUCAGCCGAAACAUUGGUGAUGCGGAAGCUAAGGUUCGCAAUGUCUUUCAAGAGGCAGUACGUUGCCAGCCAAGUGCCAUCAUAAUUGAUCAGCUCGACUUCAUUGCUCCUAAACGAGCGUCGCUAGAUUCUCAAUCUUUAACAUCAGUACUAUGUGAAUGUCUAGAUCUGGCCAAAAGUGCUCUUGUGCUGGUUGUGGCGGCAACUCGCCAUCCUAACGACGUCGAUGACACACUCAGGACACCCCACCGUCUGGCAAUCGAGAUUGAAAUGCAGGUACCCACAGCGCAAGACCGAGCUGAAAUCUUGCGGGCUAUUUGUGGAAGCUCAUCACGCCAAUUGAACGAGGCGCUCAUCGACAUGAUUGCAGAGAAAACGCACGGCUAUGUCGGAGCUGAUUUGUUUGCGUUACUUCAGCUUGUAUGCCGUAAGGCGCGGCAGAGGCAGUCAUGUCACUCUCGUUCGCCGACUUGGCCCUGCGACGUUACAUCAACCCCUGACCAGGUGGCAGGUGUUGAGCUCGUUGAUCUGGAUAUCGAGGAGUCGGAUGUUAUGUUAGCUCUACAGGAAACUCGUCCUACGGCCAUGCGAGAAGUCUUCCUAGAAACACCGAAAGUCAGGUGGACAGAUAUUGGCGGGCAGCAUGAUAUCAAGAGGCGUCUCCAAAAGGCCGUGGAAAGACCUCUUAAAUUCCCCGAGCGGAUGAAACGACUCAAUGUGAAGAGUAAAAAGGGGAUACUUCUCUAUGGUCCCCCGGGCUGCUCUAAGACGCUAAUGGUGAAAGCACUUGCUACCGAAGCAGGUCUCAAUUUCUUGGCAGUCAAGGGUGCUGAAAUUUUGAGCAUGUACGUCGGCGAGUCAGAACGAGCUUUGCGUGAAAUUUUCCGAAAGGCUCGAUCUGCGAGGCCGAGUAUCAUAUUUUUCGAUGAGAUCGAUGCGAUCGCUUCACGAAGAAAUUCAUCUCACGGAGGUGUCAAUGUGCUCACCACUCUACUAAAUGAAAUGGAUGGCAUCGAGGAAUUGAAAAAUGUCUUGGUCAUUGCUGCGACAAACAAGCCCGACGUGCUUGAUCCAGCUCUGAUGCGCCCGGGUCGCCUGGAUAACAUUUUGUAUAUUGGCCCGCCAGAUUUUGACGCGAGAAAGGAGAUUCUGAACAUCUGGUUUCGCAAGUCCGUGGUCCAUCCCGAAGUGGACCUGGAGGAGUUAGCCAAACUCACUGAUGGUUAUUCAGGGGCGGAAAUUGUGAGCAUUUGCGAAACUGCAGGUGAUGCAGCAUUAGAUGAGGAAGAGGAGACUGGCCAACAACAGGACGUGAAGCGGGAACAUUUUAGAUAUGCGCUUGAGCAAGUGCAGAGACAAAUUACAGAUGCUGUCCGCGAAGAAUAUGAACGAUGGGGAAAGCCUGCAAAAUCAGAUCCUUAG